CAUUCAUGUACAUUAAUAGAUGCUGACGCCCCUUAGGAUAUAACGAUGAUAAGGAUUAUGCUUAUAUCGCCCACCUUAACUUUCUUUCUGGAAAAGUAAAUAUACACAACUAGCUGUCGUUGGCUUUGGUCGUUGAAAUAAGCAUACUUUGAAGAAUGCCUGGUGUACCUUCAGGGCGUGCAUGCGAAGGCUGCCGCAAACAAAAGAAAAAAUGUGAUGAGAAAAUGCCAUCUUGUUCUCGAUGCCUCCGCUUGAAAAUGCCAUGUAUAGGCUCAGGCCAACGGAGAUUCAAGUUCCAAGAAGAGCGCCGCUUUUUCACAUCUCCCGACAAUGAACAACAAGUUACCAAAAGUUCUUCCCCGAUUCAGAGUACUACGAGAUCAAAUUCAUCAUCUCCGAUCACCUGGUCAAUCCCCAGCAAUGAGCUGACAUUCUUAACGAGUAUCUUUAUUCAAGCAUUCAAGCCUUCAACUGACUUGAGGUACAAUCUCAUCUGGAACUAUGGUGGUUUCAUUGCAGAUAUUCCUCAACGCCUUGGUAUAAACGAAGCUUUAGAUGGAGCUGUUUAUGCUGUUACUGCCGCACACUCUAGCUUUUGUCUUUACAAAGACAUUUCAAUUGAAGCCUUGUCGAGGUAUUCUCGUGCUCUUCAGAUGUUAAGACUGUGUCUGGAUGACCCUAUCAAGGCUGCGACCUCGGAGACACUUUGCGCAGUCAUGUUACUGUUGAUAUGUCAGGCCUUCAUUGGAACCGGCGGAAGAUCUUUUACAGGCCACUGCGAAGGUGCGGCUCAAAUCCUCAAAGCUCGCGGAUACUCUACUCCAAAAGAUGAGUUUGAGGCGAAAUUAAUACUAUCCUUACGUGGACCUGUCCUAUUCGAAGCCCUCUGGAACGAUAAAAUUGAAUUGAGCCCAAAUGAGUGGAGUUCUCUGGUCGAAAAUGACUAUGAUACAAAUCUUCCCGAAGGCCAACUAAUGCUUAUUUUUUCACGUGUUCCGUUCCUCAUGCACCGCGGACGAAAUGCUACCGAAGAAAGCGAAUUUACAGCACUUCGUGAAGAGAUCAGACCAAUGUACGACACCUCCAGAAGUAUAUUGAGUGAUAUCCAAUCAUGCUAUCAUGACAUCAACAGAAUUCCAAUUGCUGAACGCUCGCGAUAUCUUCACGCAUAUCAUCAACGGAUAUAUAGCCUUGCGUUAACAAUUGUGACUGUUUUGAACUGUAUAUCAAGUGCGCUAGACCCGGGAAGCAUUGAUCUCCAAUCCGAUGCCAUAUAUAUGGUGAAUGAGAUUCUAGCUUUAUGUGAUGAAUCUUCUGACUACCGGCCACUCGGGGCAAGCUGUAACAUUCUGGCUCUCAUGGUAGCCUAUGUGGCCACCACUGAUCCAAUAACAAAAUGCUUAGUCGAGAGUGCAUUUACCGACUAUCAGACUGAUUAUCCACAACGAACACUGGAAGGAUAUGAAGCAUCACUAGAGAUUGUGAGCAGACAUUUGCGGCUUCUGAACUCAGAAGCCUAGAAGCUUAAUGUAAUCAUCUUCUGAGGCAUUACAGUGGAUGGAAAAAGAAUUUCUCUUAGGAUAGGGAAUCACACAUGUAUUCCAGUACGCCGGUCAGUCGCUGCAACAACUACUUACACCUACAUUCAACGGAUAGAAUUCUUUGACUUUAAGAUAUAU